AUGGCAGCGGGCCCUGGCGCUGUUCAACGAAAUGCGGGAGGCGAGGAUGGAGCCCAAUUCAGCUACAACGCCGGAAUCAGCGCGUGCGGGCACGGCGGGGGAUGGCAGAAGGCGCUGCUCUUGCUGAGCGACAUGGGGGAGGCCAGGCUGCAGCCCGACGGCAUCAGCUUCAACGCCGCGAUGACCGCCUGCGGGAGGGAUGGGGCCUGGACGCAGGCGCUGUCGCUGCUCGGCGAGCUGCGGGGGGCGGGCGUGGAGCCCGACAUUAUCUCACCUCGGCUACAACGCGGGGAUCAGCGCGUGCGAAAAGGUUGA